AUGAUCUGGAAUUAUGCUACUCAAUCAUUAGUCAAGACGUUGGAAGUUUCAUCGUUACCUGUUCGAAAUGCCAAGUUUAUUGCUCGGAAACAAUGGCUCGUUGCCAGUUCAGAUGAUAUGCAAGUCCGUAUCUUUAAUUACAAUACCAUGGAAAAAGUCACAAGCUUUGAAGCUCAUAGUGACUAUAUUCGACACAUUGAGAUUCAUCCGACAUUACCGUGUUUUCUCACCUGUGCUGAUGAUAUGACUAUUAAACUAUGGGAUUGGGACAAGAAUUUUACCUGUUCACAAACAUUUGAAGGUCAUGGACAUUAUGUGAUGAUGGUCAAGUUUAAUCCAAAGGAUGCACACUCGUUCGCGAGUGCGUGUCUAGACAGAAGUGUCCGUGUGUGGGGUCUUGGCUCGAGUCAUGCUCAUUUUUCCCUUGAUGGACAUGAACGUGGCGUCAAUUGUGUGGCUUAUUAUCCAGGUGGUGAUAAACCUUAUCUCCUAUCGGGCAGUGAUGACCGUACGGUCAAAGUAUGGGACUACCAGACGAAAGCUAUUGUCCAUACGUUGGAUGGACAUGGUAAUAACUUGACAGCUGUCAUGUACCAUCCGAGACUGCCAUUGAUCAUUUCAGCCUGUGAAGAUGGUGCAGUGAGGAUGUGGCACUCGACUACGUACCGUGCAGAGACGACGUUGAAUUACGGCAUGGAGCGUAGUUGGUCGCUUGCGGCGCUACCGUCAGCCAACACACUGGCGAUUGGCUAUGAUGAGGGUACUAUUGUGUUGAGACUAGGACACGACACCCCUGUCGUAAGUAUGGACGCUGGUGGCAGCGGGAAACUUAUCUGGACGACCAACAAUGAAGUCCAGACGGCCAGUGUCAAGGGAGUGGUGGCGGAGAUAGGUCUCCAGGACGGCGAAAAGCUGCCGCUCGUGUCAAGAGAUCUAGGAAGCUGCGAAGUUUACCCUCAGAAAGUCCAGCACAAUAGCAAUGGCCGCUACGUCGUGAUCUGCGGUGACGGCGAGUACAUCAUUUAUACAGCACAGCAGUUGCGUAACAAGGCCUUCGGUGCUGCACUGGACUUUAGCUGGUCACCGACUGGCACAGGCGACUACGUCGUGCGUGAGAGCAUUUCAAAGCUUACGCUGUUUCGCAAUUUUAAGGAGUUGAAGAGCGAGAAGCCUCGCGUGUUGUCUGCCGAAGGUUUGUUCGGAGGUACUGGUGCCAUAGGUGUUAAGGGCAAUGACGCGAUUGCUAUGUAUGACUGGGAGGAGCUGCGAUUGAUUCGUAAGAUUGACGUAGUGGUCAAAAACGUGUUUUGGUCGGAAAAUGGUAGCCUCGUCGUACUUGCUUGCGAGUCGAGUUUUUUUGUGCUGCGGUAUAACAAGGAGGUCGUGGCACAGUCUUUUGCUGCCGGCACGAACUCACCCGAUGAAGGCGUAGACGGCGCCUUCGACCUGCUCCAUGAAAUCUCUGAGAAGGUGGGCACGGGCACCUGGGUCGGAGAUUGCUUCUUGUACACUAACGCUGGCGGGAGACUUAAUUACUACGUUGGCGGUGAGGUCAUGACGCUUGCCCACCUAGAACAGAAGAUGUAUCUGCUCGGAUACCUUCCUCGUGAAAACCUGGUGUUCCUGAUGGACAAAAUGAAAAAUGUGGUAAGCUACACCGUUUCGCUUGUUAUGCUUGAGUACCAGACUGCUGUGGUGCGUCGUGACUUUGAGAGUGCAAACGCCAUCUUGCCCAAGAUCCCGGCAGAUCAAAUGGACACUGUGGCUCGAUUUUUGGAGUCACAGGGCUUCAAAGAAGAGGCUUUGGUGCUAAGCACUGACCCAGACCAGAGAUUUGACCUCGCUGUGCAGCUUGCCAAACUGGACGUGGCGCGUGAGAUUAUGCUGCAGGAAAUCGACAAGGGUGACAAGGGCAAAGACAUGGACAUUGAGACUCAGCACAAGUGGAAGCAGUUGGGCGAUCUUGCACUCAACGACUGCCAGCUAGCUCUUGCUGAGGAUUGUGCACUACGGGCCGACGAUUUUAGUCUGCUGUUGAUUUUGUACACAAGUCGUGGAGACAAGGAGGGUCUUGUGCGUCUCGCUGCACUUGCUCGCGAAAAGUGCCGUUACAACAUUGCAUUUAUAUGCUGGCUGUUGCUGGGCAAAACCACUGAUUGUGUCGAGGUACUGAAGGAAACCAAGCGUUUCCCGGAAGCCGCAUUCUUUGCACGCAGCUAUUGUCCGUCUAAGAUUCAGCUGGUCAUGGACAAGUGGCGUGACGAUUUGGCUACAGUUAGCUCCCGUGCUGCCAAAGCACUGGCCGACCCCACGCGCAACGCCGACUUGUUUGAGAACCUGGAGCUCUCGAUGCAGGCGGAGGCUACGCUUCUUUCGCAGAACGGUGGUGAAGAUGCUAACACUCCUGUGUCCUUUUAUGCUGCGAAGAAAGAAUUGCUGGAGAGCGAGAACCUUCUUGAGUUAAUUUUGAGUGGCGGCGCUGUGGCUGCAUUUGCAGGUGGCACCAGCGAUACUUAUCAUGACAGUGUGGCUUUCAGUGCAGAAGCUGAAACUCAGGCUUUAGAUUUUCUACAAGCUCAAGCUCAAGCUGCAGCGACGGCUGAAGCGGAAGCAUAUACCCAAGCUCAAGCUCAAGCCUUUGCACAAGCACAGGCAAUGGCAGAAGCUGAAGCUGAAGCUGAAGCGCUGGCGAAGGCACAAGCUGCCGCGGCUGCUCAACUGGAGUACGAGCAAGCUGAAGCCCAGGCAGCAUUAGAAGCUGCGGCUCGGGCGAAGGAAGAAGCCAGACAACGUGCCGAGGCUGAAGCACGUGCACGGGCUAUGGAGGAGGAGAAAGCACUUGCACGAGCUAUGGAGGAGGAGAAAGCACUUGCACGAGCUAUGGAGGAGGAAAAAGCACUUGCACGAGCUAUGGAGGAGGAGAAAGCACGUGUACGUGCUGAACAGGAAGCGGCUUUUGCUACUGCCCAAGCUCAAGCUCAAGCUCGAGCUCGAGCUCAAGCAGAGGCAGAGGCUAAGAUGCAACGUCAACAGCAGCAACAGGCUACUGAGAUGAUGAGCAGCUUUGGUGGAGAUGAUGACGGCUUUGGUUUUGCCUCAUCGUCGGUCUCAGACGAGUUUGGUUUAAGUAGUCUUGAUGCGUUCUCGUCCUCCCAACAUUCUGGCUUCGGUGCGACAACUACAACGACUACAACAACGACCACAGGCACCACCGCUGAUCUAUUGGACUUUGAGCUGGACAACGCCGAUAUCCAAUUUGAGGACGACGAUGAUGCUGAUUGGGGCGAGAUGUAA